CCCAUUAUAAAUAGAUCCACAACUUUCACAUACUUUCAGUACACUUACUAAAUUAAUAAUCCUUCCUACAUUUAGAACCAACUUUUUUGUUUUCUUUAUCAAAAAUGGCAAGUCAGGAUAUCUCAAGCAAGGCUAGCGAAAUCAGCAGAGAUGUUCAGGUAAAAGCAGAUGAGGCAAUGAAGGGUGCAUCACGCGCAGCCCAAACUGUGUCGGACAAAACAUCAACAGCAGCCCAAACUGCGGCCAAUAACACACAAACUGCUGCUCAAUCCACCAAAGACUCUGCUGCCUCUGCUAUAGGCGUCAAACAUGAAUCUCCUGGCUUCUUACAACAGACUGGAGAUCAAAUUUCGAGCAUGGCUCAAGGAGCAACCAAUGCAGUGAAGAACACUCUUGGAAUGGGAGAUGGCAAAUAAACUAAUUAAUCAAGUGUCUUGGCCUUGCCUAGCUAUAGCAGCUAGGAGGAAAGGAAGGAAGGCUUUAUUAUUUGUUGCAUGAUCAAUUUCCUUUUUAUUAAUAUGCAUGUGUUGUUUAAAAGAAUUUGCUUUUUAUUAUUGGUAUGUAUUUGACUGUUUGGUUUAAUUUCCAAGUGCAUGCGCCUAUAUUUGCCUAA